AGAAUUUCACAUGACGUGAGAAAACACACUCGCUGCGGGUUUCAACGCAAGAUCCUCUGCUAUAAAUCCGCAUCUGCACCCGACACAUAAGCCAAUACAGGAUACCUGCAUCCUCAUUGUCGGACUCUGACGUCAAACGUUACCACCGCCCUGCAGUGCCAGGGGUUCUAGUUGAUGGAGAGGAGAGAAGCGGCCCUCGUUACAAUGGACCAGGAUUUGGAAACUAAAUUCCUGCUUUGAGAGAGGGAAAAAAACAUGAACGAAAGAGACCUCUCUCGGAAGCUAUGCUUAUUCGAAGGCUGGAAUACCACCGGAGUGUUCUACCGAAAGGAAGCAGCGCUUACAGCGUCUCGUGUGGAAUUUCAGGGGGCUUUCCUGCAACAGCGGCGAGACCGGGGGAAAUCUGCAGGAGCAUUUCAUUUGCAAAACAGCAAAGUGAUUGGCAGUCACCUUGUUCUGAAAUGACUGCAAGAGCAUUACGAGCUGAGGUGGUUAGCUACUAGUAAUGACAUUUCGGGGUGCAGCUUCAGUUUGUUUAAUCAUAUACUUGAGCUCAUUGGAAAAAUAAUAUAACUGAUAUUUUGACUUUGCUGACAUCAGCUGUUUAGCUAGCUAGCCCGCUAGCUGUUGUUUUGCAAUGAAGGAAUGUUAGUGGCUGCACGCUUGUGAAUUCUGCGACAUGGCCUGCUUUUUGCUGGGAAAACCCUUUCUUGCUGGCUUGUUUGUUAUAGACACCUUGCAGUCGCCUAGCGUGCAUGCUAAUAAUACAGUGCUGUAGCUUAGCUAGCUAACUACAUACGAAUAACAUGGGAAGUAUUUCAGUAGGAGAUAAAUUGUUGUUUUGACUGGCCAGCUAUUUAAAAUCUUUGCUUGAGUUAAUCAGUCGGUGCAAUGUCUAUUAGGACCGUUGAGCCCAGCUAGCAGUGCGAACCGGCAAGCCUGGGCUGGAAUAUGCCUAAGAAGGACAGUGGCAGCUCGAUGCUGAAUGUCGUGUCCUGGCUGGCUUUUUCAGGGACGCGCACUAGCGAGAAAGGGAAAGGGGGCUAUUACGUUGGUUUGACAGGUAGCCUGGCUGGGCUAGAUGGAUAUCUUGCUAUGGCUUAUUUUUAUCCAAAAAUUACCAUAAAAAGAGAACUUGCCUCCGACAAAAUGAGCAAGGAAUUUCACAGUAAACAUCCAGAUUCCAUGAUAAGGCACUGAAAAUGUUCGAGCGUUAGACUGUCCGCUUAUUCAAGCUAACUUACGAACAUCUUGCGCUAUUUUGUAAUUUACAGCCUAUUUGCCGUGGGUCUCCGAUAAUCGCAGUGAUGUCUAAAUCGGCGACUAAAGAAAAGAAAUCUUUCAGCAAGAAGCUGUUCCGCAGGGGCUCCGUGCGCUCCGUGGGGAGUUUCAUGAGCAGGGUGCUGAGGACUCUCUCUACCCUGUCUCACUUCGGCACGGAGGAACACGCCGCCGAACACGAGAAAGACGACGGGGGCUUCACUUUAUUUAAGACUGGUGCCAAAGGUUCCGUCCCCUCAGCUGAAAGCGACUGCUUUCUGGCCGGAGACAAGAUCCCCGGAGUGUCCGGGCUCAAGAAUCAUGGGAACACUUGUUACAUGAAUGCAAUUCUGCAGUGCCUGAGUAACACUGAGCUCUUUGCGGAGUAUUUGGCGUUAGAGCACUACCGGGGGGAGGACGCGGAGGAGGACAAAUCCAGGUCCAGCAGCGUCUUUUCGUACAGAAAGGGUGUACACGAGAGGGGGGAGGUCACGGAACAGCUGUCCAGUCUGGUUCGAGCUUUAUGGACCUUUGAAUACACUCCGCAGCAUAGCCGGGAAUUCAAGAACGCCGUGUCCAAGAAUGCCCUGCAGUACCGUGGCAACGCCCAGCACGACGCCCAGGAGUUCCUCCUCUGGCUCCUGGACCGGGUCCACGAGGACCUCCACAGCCAUCCCAGCAGCAGGCCUUGCAUGAAGCCGCCCAUAGAAGACUGCGGAGCGUCAGAAGGACCGCCCUUCCCCCUGACGGCCGGCUCCUUCGUGCAGGAGCUCUUCCAGGCUCAGUACAAGUCCUCCCUCACCUGCCCCCACUGUCAGAAACAGAGCAACACCUUCGACCCGUUCCGCUGCAUCUCCCUGCCCAUCCCCCUCCCCCACACACGGCCCCUGUACAUCACCGUGGUCUACCAGGGGAAGUGCUCCCACUGUAUGAGGGUUGGAGUGGCCGUUCCACUGUCCAGCACCGUGUCCCGGCUCAGAGAGGCUGUUUCCCUGGAAACCAAGAUCCCCCCUGACCAGAUCGUUUUGACUGAAAUGUAUUACGAUGGCUUCCACCGCUCCUUUUGCAACGACGAUGAUGACCUCAGCAUCAUCCAGGAGAGCGACUCAAUCUUUGCGUUCGAAACCCCAGAGACAUUUCGACUGGAAAGUAUCCGCGCUCAAAGAGGAAGCCUGCUGGUCAACCUAAAUCAGAACAACCUGAAGUACGGGGCAGAGAACGCCAGGACCUCGUCAUUCAUGCAGGGGGCGAUGCUGCCGGCCAAUAAGAACACGGGAUCCGAAAAGAUGAUCCUGCUAGUGUGCAACCGGGCCUGCUCCGGGCACCAAGGACGCAGGUUCGGCAAUCCGUUUGUGCUUUACCUGGAGCGAACUGUGACCUGGGACGUUCUUCAGAAAGAGAUUCUGGAGAAGAUGCGACACCUGCUCAGGCCGGGGGUCUUCGUUCAGGUGGGUCCCUUCAGUCUACGGGUGGUGGGUCUGGUUGGAAUCACGUACCUUUUACCUCAAGAGGAGCAGCCCCUGUGUCACCCCACAGUAGAGAGGGCGUACAGGUCCUGUGGGCAGGGAGGUCCUCCGCAUGUGAAGAUUGUGGUGGAGUGGGACAAGGAGACCAAGGAUUAUCUGUUUGGCCACACGGAGGAAGAGUACAUCCCCGAUGCUGAGAGUGUUCGGAUCCAUAGGGAACAGCACCACCACCCCCAGGCCUGCACUCUGGCCCAGUGCUUCCAGCUAUACACCAAAGAGGAGCAGCUCGCCCUGGACGACGCCUGGCGCUGUCCCCACUGCAGGCAGCUGCAGCAGGGCCGCAUCAAACUCAGCCUGUGGACCCUGCCUGACAUCCUCAUACUGCACCUGAAGAGAUUCAGACAGGAGAUGGACAGGAGAGUGAAGAUGCAGAACAUGGUGCGGUUCCCCCUGCUCGGGUUGGACAUGGCGCCCCACGUGGUGAAGAGAAGCCAGAGCAGCUGGAGCUUGCCCUCUCACUGGUCACCGUGGAGACGCCCCUACGGCCUGGGCCGCGACCCCCAGGACUACCUGUACGACCUGUACGCCGUGUGCAACCACCACGGGACCAUGCAUGGCGGCCAUUACACAGCGUUCUGUAAGAACUCGGUCGACGGGCAGUGGUACUGCUUCGACGACAGCGACGUCCAGCCCAUAGCCGACGAAGAGGUCUGCAAGCCCACGGCCUACAUCCUGUUCUACCAGCGCAGGACCACCAUUCCUUCCUGGUCGGCUAACAGCUCAGUCGCAGGCUCCACCAGCUCCUCUCUCUGUGAGCACUGGGUGAACAGGCUCCCCGGCAGCAGGCAGCCCAGCGUGGCGUCUGGCUCCUCCUCCCGCCGCACCUCCCUGGCCUCCCUGGCCGAGUCGGUGGAGUUCCCCGGGGAGCUGAGCGGAGACGAUGGAUUCUCAACCCGUCCGUUCGUGCGUAGCGUCCAGCGUCCGAGCUCUUCCAGGUCGUCCAUGGCCAGCCCGCUGGCCCUGUGCGAGAACGGCAUCAAGCCGUCCUGGUCGCUGUCGGCCAAGCUCCACCUGCGCUCCAGCUCGCCCUCGCGCUUCUCCCUCGACUCCUUCUCCUCCUCCGGGCUGGAGCGGAUCGGCGAGGCCUCCUCCUCCGCCGCCGCCGACGACAAGGUGUCCACCUCCUGCUUCGGCCGCUCGUCCAGCGGCAGGGCGCCGCUGGCCAUGACGGAGAGCGUCACCAGCGACGACGGGAGCAGCAGGAAGUCGCUGGACGAGCCCUACCGCAGGGCCCCGCCCCCGGCCGAGAGGAGGGCCGCCAAAGCCGAGCUGCUCGACAACAACAACCGGGCCCCGCCCGGCGACUCCGGGGCCCCCUCCGGCAAGCAGAAGGCCGGGGCGGGGACCGGCGACUCCGGGGCCCCCUCCGGCAAGCAGAAGGCCGGGGCGGGGACCGGCUCCACCCAGAAGCCGGAGGGGGUGUCGGCCAAGAGGAGCUCCAGCAAGACUCAGGCGGAUUCGGAGAAGAGCUCCAAGAAAAAGCAGGCGUCGUCCUCCACCCAGAGCCCACCCACCCCCCAGGCGUCCAGCACCCAAACAUCCAACCCCCAGGUGUCCAACGUUAAGACGUCUAACACUAAAGUGUCCAACACUAAGAUGUCCAGCGAUAAGGCGUCCAACCCUAAAGUGUCCAACACUAAGGUUUCCAACGCCAAGUCUAAAGGGGACUCCAAGACCAGCAAGGCGUCUUCGUCCUCUUCUGGGACGCCAUCCAAGAAGGAGGCGCCGCCGAGCCAGGAGGGGGCGCCGGCGGCUGUGGGCACCCCCAGGAAGCAACGGGUCCCGUCGGGGGCGCAGUCGUCGGCCUCGCCCUCGCCGGCUGGCAGGAGGGCCCCGGGGGCGGAGCGGAGCUCGGCGGGCGGGCGGAGGAAGCCGGGGGAGCGGGGCAGCCCCCUGACGGACAGGCCCCGGUCGGGCAGGUCGGGCGAGGGAGGGCGCCCCGAGCGGAGGCUGGUCAGGAGCUCCAGCAGCAGCUCCUCCGUCACCAGCCUCCGCUCGCCCGCCGGCCCCUCCUCCUCCUCCUCCCGCGACCUGCGCAGAGGCAGCCGGUCCGAGGACAAGGGGCUGUCCUUCCUCAAGUCGGCGCUCCGGCAGAAGGAGACGCGGCGCUCGGCGGACCUCGGCAAGUCCGCCCUGCUGGCCAAGAGGGCGGCGGAGGCGUCCGGCAGGGCGGGCGGGCAGCCGAAGGGCAUCGGGACCCCGGGGGGCGGCGAGGGGUCGGGGAAGAGCUCACGACAGGGCUCCCCGGAGCCCCGCUCGGGCAAGGCCGGGGUCAAGGCGAAGGAGGCCGCCAAAUCCACCCCCGCCAAGAACUCGCCCUCCGGCAAGACCAAGUCUUCCGGCGCGGAGCCCGGCUCCCGGUCCCCAGAAAGCGGGACGGCGUCGCUCGAGAGGACGCCGCCCAGUAGGAAGCUUUCUCCCAGCAUGCAAUCCUCCGCGCCGCCCACGGCCCAGCCUCAGUGAUGUCGGGACUGCGCUUUCAUUUCUCCUGUAACGCAGCUAUUUUUGUAUGUGCCUACUAUAUAUUAAGAUAUAUAUGAUAUAUAUAUUUUUCUUUUUAAAGAAAACCUAUUGUACAUUACGAAACAGCCUUUGUCCCUAAUCCUGCCGUGAGCCAGAUAACGGUCAUUGGCUGGAUCUGGUACUAGAAUCCACUACUGUACACUAAACCGAAUAGCUAUCUUGGGAAUGUGUUUUUGAAAGAAGGCGUAUAUCUUGUGUAAAUUGAGUUUAUUCUUGUUUUUCCCCAGAGGUGCAACAGUUUAAUGGGUGACGUAAACACUUUGUUGCCGGGUUACUCAUAGCUCCUUUUUCUGUAGCAUGCUUUGAAGAAGCUAAUUUACGGCAGCUUGACACCGGACUCCUGGACGAGGAACUCGGAUGGUAAGAAUGCUGAUUGUGCACAUUCGAAAUGUUUAGACCUUCCUUAGGGCUAUUUUAAGGGCGAUACCCCGCAAUGAGGUCAGGAGAGGACAGAAAUGUUUGGCGCUUCACAGACAGAGGCCCAACUCUUGCGCGAAAGAGCCUAUUUUGGAGACAUCAGAGGGGAUGGUGGGGUUGUGAGACAUAACUCCACUUUUAUCUGGAUUAUGUCUGUUGAACCAGUUUGAAAGUGGAAGGCUUUCACACCAGGUGUGGCAAUUGACGUGGGAUUUAAAAAUCAGUCAACAUCUACAAUUUGGCCACUUUUAUUUUUUUUGAGUGAAACCCUGACUUGCUGUGAAUGACUGCUGGCUCAGGCAAGUGCUACUGGCUCUUUUUUUUUAGAAAUAAGAGGAUACAUAUUUGAUACUGAAUGAUUUACCUCUUGGUGCAAUUUAGACUUUAUUUAAGGGGCAUUAUUUUUGAUGAUUGAAUAUUAAAUUGCAAUCUGCAUGUUCUUGUUUACCAGCUACUGAAGAGAUGUACCUGUAACUGAACAUAUAUUCUCUCUUGCCCAUUUGCGCCUCUGUAUGUGCGGCUUUCUCUGGUGGAUAUGUCUGGAAAGACAGAAUGUAAGCCAGAGACUGUCUGAUCCUCCUGAGACAUGCAUUUGAAUUGAUAAUCCAGUUUGUGCACUAUUCUUUGAUGCAGUCUGGUGACUCCAUAACUCCUAACUCCAUGAAGUGGCAGCAGAGGUAGGAUGCGGCAAGGAUGUGCUCUCACAACUGAUGGGGCACGUAUAGUACUUCAGGAAGUUGCAGAACACAUAAAUCCAAUUAUUGGGUGUCCAUCAAACACUCAUAAAAACCAAAAAAAAAGCCAGUUCCCAUAGGCAAAAUAAUCACAAAAUAACAACCAUAACGUUUUAGUAUACCUGGCCAUAUUAAUUCACAACAGUCCGACAGUCCAGUCUGCCAAGAGAGCAGACAUUUUUAUUCGUGUUCUGUUGGGGUUGUAUCUGGGUUAUUUUCUUCACAAGCUUAUAUUUGAAAGUAUAAUGUUAAAUACUAUAAUAAAGUUUGCCCCAAAGACCUCUGGUUACAGGUUAGCUCUUCUGCAUCAGAAGUCAAAAUUGGGGUCUCUGUAGAACAUUUUCAAUUCAUUGAGAACAUUUUUGUCAAUUUACCGAUUUAGCUAAAUUUAAAUGGAAUUGAGUCAAAUCCUGGGAGAGGCGGUUGGCAUUUUAAAAAUAAUAAUAUUCCCUGCAUAGGCUCUAGUACCUCCCCGCAACCCUGCCCAGGAUAAGCGGGUACAGGCAAUGGAUGGACCCUGUCCAGGAUAAGUGGGUAUAGAUAAUGGAUGGAUAGACCCUGGUCAGCUUUGAAUGAGAAAAGAUUCACUGCUUCUCAUGGAUAUAACGAUUGUAGUGUUGAUAUCAGCUGUAGAAUCCUGAAACUCAGCAUAAAGAAUGUAAGAAUUCUUAGACAUUUUUCUCUGCAGAUUCAGAAUAGGACUUGCGCCAUGUUUGUUGCGAUUGACUGAAAGUCUGGACUCGCGUUGCAUUGUGGGGCAUUGCCUUUUGGGUCGCUCCAAGGCCAGGGCUGGCGUUUCACGACCACACCGCUUCAGCUUAUAGGUCACAGGUGGCCGUGUGACCUGGUCACAUGUUCACAGUCACGAACAUUCUGACAAGACUGAGCAGCACACAGAACAGCCCGUUAUUUCAAAAAAAGUUUGGCAGUGAUCCCCACGCAUAAGACGAGCGGAGGCUGAGUUUAAGCUACACACAUUGCCAUAUAACCAGAACAGGAGAAACACAUCGCGCUACGUGCACCGGCGUAACGACCGACCGAAAGCAAGAAGCGGGGUUGCGGGUCCACUGAAGGGUUAUGGUUUUUAUUUUCCCCCGGUGCUGUUUAUUGGAGUAAUGCAUCGCUACCCCUCGUAAAGGCCUUGUAGGUUUUCCCUGCAUAAAGGGCGAAGCAAUCAGAUUUUUAACACGUUAAUGCACAGAUUAAUAAAAUAUAUAAAAAAUUAAUGGAAAUAAUUAUGGGUGAAAAUUUGCAUGAUAUUGCCCGUGCAUGCGUGUAAGCUAUUUAGCAAAGCAGCUAACUGUUGCCAUAUUGGCUGCGUAAAGUGAAAACGCUACUGUUUAAGACUGGAAUAUAUAUUUUUACCGUAUCCUUCCACAUGCCGGCAAAGAAACGCAUGGACAGCGUCUUACAUGGUUCUCAUCUUACAUCAUUUCCUGUGCACACAUUCAUUACCAUCGCUUGUUAUUAGAGAUGCUGUGCCACACGGUGCAAAAAAAACAAAAAAAACCGUGAGUCAGCAAACAGUAUUUCUACAUUUUUUAUUUUUUACUUUUUGUAUACUAACCUUUUUAAAGUAACAGACUAGUGUAUUUGUAUCAAACAUGUGUGUGCAUUUCUGUUGUUAAAACAUAAAAGAAUGAAAUCCAAAACAUAAGGAAUAUAUUGAAGCAAUCUUACAAUAGACUGUAUAUAUUUUAACAAGAAUUGUUGCCAUUUUUGUGCUUCUCAAGAUAUAGUGAUGCUCGAAAAUGAUAUUUUUUUCAGUAUAUGCAAAAAUAUAGUAGUAGCAAAUAUUUUACAUGCAUACACACACAUACACAGAAAUGCUGCAUAAUUGUAUACUGGAUAAUAAUGUUUUUUUGAAUUGCCAUCUGUAUUUCAUAUAUUUUGGAUUUCAUGUUUAACAUAUAUUUUAUUUACUAUAUAUUGGCCUUUAUUUUCAUAAGGAAUGUGUGUUUGAACAUUUCAGGACUGCUUGGUGCAACAUUCACCCUGUUCACAUAAUGUGUGCACUCUUAGCGCUUUGCACAAUGUUCAGCUCAACACUGUUCAGUUACAGCACUUCACACAGGUUCAGUGUACUGAGCAUUACCUGGGCUAGGCCCAGUCAGCAUCACCCAUCUCACCAUAGAGCUAACAACUUAUUACCCUAUUUUAGCUGCUAGCGUCUCCUUUCUCCUGUACUCUAUGGUGGAUGACAUCAUCAUCGGCAAGAUGUGUGUAGCGUGGAGGAUGUUUGCUACCCACCAGUCUAAUUCACGGUCAGCCAUUUGCUUACUCUCUCAGUCCGUGUUACUAUAAAGGCCGCGGGCACAGUGUUUUGGUCAACAGUGGUUAUAACGCACAUAUCGAGAUGCCGUCCUCAUUAAAUUAACCACUUCUGCCUGACCGCUCAUUUGAAACUCUCUUGUGACACUACAUCCAUUUUUCUUUUAGGAACAAUGUAAAAGAGAUAACAGAUGCAAUGAGCUGUAAAGUAUUAGGUUUGUUUCAUCCAAGAAAUGCAUUAUACAGAAGGGAGAGCACACUUCGCUCAGCAUUUUACCUUUGGUUAACACACUGGGCUGGCGUAGACUUGAUACAGCAUAAUGUGCACUACAUGACUGAGUUUAUUGUUCGUCAGAGGAGUUUUAUGUCCUGUUUCAGUGUGCUUCUGAGCAGGAGGAAACAGUCUUCUGGAAGUUUGUUCAUGACUGAGUAUGGGAAAAAUGUUUAAGUAAAUACUAUGUAAAUGUAACUUAUUUUGGGCAAGUGCAUGAGAUUGUGUCAAUGCCCUUUUCUGUUAUUUGUAUGUUUUACUAUUUAAAGAGUAUGCAAUUUUAAUAGACAUAUUUUUAUCAUUUUUUAUGUUUGAAAGAAUGCUUUUCUUUGAAAGAAUACUAAAAUGUUUAUAUAUGACAUUGGUUUAACCAAACAAGAACAAAAAAUGCAAUGUAAUAAAAAUGGACGAAAAUGGAGAUUUUUCAGUUUUAUUUGUUGCUAUAUUCUUUUGAUUUGAUUUCACCUGCUUUAGGGGCUGUCUCAGGCGUUAUUUGAGCUGAAUUCAUUCAUUCAUGGGUGGAGGUUCAGCGAUCUUAAGGUGAGACAGGAGGAGGUGCAGUGAGGUCUCAUAGUGAGAGAAGGAGGUGCGGAGAUCUCACAGUGAGACAAGAGGAGGUGCACUGCAAUCUCACAGUAAGACAUGGGGAGGUGCAGUGAUCUGACAGUGAGACAGGAGGAGGUGCAGUGAGGUCUCAGUGAGAGGAGGAGGUGCGGAGAUCUCACAGUGAGACAAGAGGAGGUGUACUGCAAUCUCACAGUAAGACAUGGGGAGAUGCAGUGAUCUGACAGUGAGACAGGAGGAGGUGCAGUGAGGUCUCAUAGUGAGAGAAGGAGGUGCAUUGUGAUCUCACAGUAAGACAUGGGGAGAUGCAGUGAUCUGCCAGUGAGACAGGAGGAGGUUCAGUGAUUUGACAGUGAGACAGGGGGAGGUCCAAUGAUCUCACAGUGAAACAGGAAGAGGAGCAGUGAAAUCCCACAUUGGGACAGUAGGAGGUGCAGCAAUCUCAA